GUGCACGUUUCGGCGGUGAGCUCUAAUUUGAAUUUUGAAUUAUAGUGACAUACUAGCACACAUAACAACUACAAAAAUGUUAUUAUUAACCCUGCUAGUAUUUAGCUUGGAUUUGAUAAGAAUGGUAUUUAGCCAUGGAAGAUUAAUGGAACCACCUGCAAGAAAUUCAAUGUGGAGAUUCGGAUUUCCAAAUCCUGUAAAUUAUAAUGACAACGAGCUGUUUUGUGGGGGUUUCACAGUGCAAUGGGAACAAAAUGAAGGUAAAUGUGGCCUGUGCGGUGAUGCUUAUCACUCAGAACAACCUAGACCACAUGAAGCUGGAGGCACCUAUGCUAAAGGUAUUCUAACUCGUCACUAUAGUGUUGGUCAAAACAUUGAUAUCGAAAUUGAACUGACAGCUAAUCAUUACGGUCGUUUUGAAGUAUUAUUGUGUCCAAAUAAUAAUCCUAGUCAGGAAGCUACACAAGAAUGUUUUAAUCAUUAUCCAUUGCGAGUGGUGGAAAAUGGGCAACACAGUUACCUAAUUCCCGAGGAUGGAAAGAAAAAGGCGGUUUUUAGGUACCAAGUGCGGCUGCCACCUUACAUAACAUGCACUCAGUGCGUUCUCCAAUGGACUUACUUUACGGGAAACCAAUGGGGAGAAUGUACCAAUGGCACACAAGCUCAAGGUUGCGGGAAAUCUGAAACAUUUAGGAACUGUGCCGACGUCGCAAUACACUCCAGUUCGGGUGGUGCAAUACCUCCAUUUUUUGUUGAUAUCGUCAAUCCGCAUCAGCUAUUUUAUAAAGAUUAUUCUAAGCCCGCGCCUUAUAAUGUUGUUCCGCUAGUGAUAAGAGAGCAAGUAUGCAUUCCUAAUAGCUUAUAUAAGAUGGUUCCUGGUGUUCGGGAUUGGUGUCAAAGUAACUGUUUGCGGUAUCCUCCGAAUUGUCCUGAGGAUAUUUGCACAUGUCCAAACACAUGUGAAGCAGUUGGAAAAUAUAGAGGAAACGUCGGUGCUGAUGUUUAUUGCAUGGACAAAUGUUUAGUAAACUCGGCAAUUAAUUGUUCCACUAGUGACUGUAUAUGUUAUGAAGAAUAAAACUCAAUAUAUCUUUUUAUAUAAAAUUUGUACGACUUUGGUAAAAUUCAUUUUCCCC